AUGGCGACCUCCAAUCCCUAUGGCACCGGCAGAUUCAAGAUCAACGUGAACAGGGUCAAAUCGAAGAAAUGGAAAGACGCGGAUAAGGUGGACUACGGUGGUGGUUGGGGCGACGACUCCUCUGACGAUGGGUACGACGAGCCAGCGCCGGUGUCAGCAGACAACCCUCGACACCCUGCCUGGAAUGCGCCUACCAAUGCGAAUCCCUCCAAUCGAAGCGUCACGAAUCCCUCUCCUCCUCGUGGGGGGCAGAGACCAUCCUUCGAUCGGGGCGACGAACGCAGGCAUUUCUCCUCUGCUGGAAACUUCGAUUCGCCAUAUCCGACGACCCAGCGAUCACCCUUUCCCGACCCUCAGCACGACGAUGUACUCUCUGCGCCCAGCUACGGCAUGCAAUCACCUCUCCGUCUGAACACACAAGGUAUGGGUGCUACAACCCCAGUCUUCCGACCAGGUUCAAGAGGGAGACAAUUUCCCUCAUACGAGGAUGUGCCCAUGUCAGCGCCAGGAAGUUUUCCGCAACAACGGCGAUCAGGCUCGAGCAAUCGUCCCCCGCGCGGAGACUCGUACGCACGCCACGAGAGUCCCAUGAGACCCGAGAGUCGUUCUUCCAAUGCCUCAUAUAGACAGUUUCCUCCGCGCAAGCAAAGUCUGAGCCAGCAGCCGCCUCCAGACUUCACGCUGGACAGACACUCACCCGCACCUUCCCAUACCUCAGGCACGGUGCCAGCCACCACUACCAAUGACGACCGGCCCCCGCCAGUUUUGAUCCGACCCUCAGACAUCUACAAACGUAUGGCAGAAGAAAUGGAGAAAGCACGCAAGUCACAGGACUCUCCGCGACCCAGUAUUGCUUCAGAAUCAACCCGUGCCAGGGAAGAUUCUGUUGGCGCUCGCUCAACGGCAUCAGACCCAAAGGAGUUGACGAGUAGUGCCCAGCCAAGUGCGGAGGAUUCAGAUUCUACGCGACGGCUCAAACCGACCCUGGACCCCGUUCCUGAGCGGAAGAGCGAAUAUGGCUUUGAGAACCUGCUCAAGUCAACAAGCCAUGACAAUGCACAGCCAGAGGACCCAAAGAUUGAAGAAACGCCCACGGGAGUCUCAAGACAUGGACCUGAUGCUUUCCCAUCCCACACCGAUCGCCCAGGACCCGUUUCUGAGUCUACCUUGUCUCGUGACACGCCAAUAGCAGACGAUAUACCGACUAGACAGUCAUCGUCCAACAACAGACCUAGCUUUGGUUUACCACCCAUCGGCCGACUCUCUGACUUCGGUGUGGACAUGGGUUUAACAGAUAACACGACGUCUGAAUCCACGCCAAAUGUGCAGCAACCACCCAGUGACGCGCCGCCUCAGGUUCCCUCAAAAGACCUGGCGACCAGUGUUAGUGAGGAGCCGGGUGUCAAGGCUCUGCAGCAUCAGCCUACUAUGGGAUACACAUCCGUCGUCCAUCAAGCUUUCGAUCAGAGCCAGAGUCCAGAACCCCUCACGCACUCAUCCACAUCGAGCAGGGGCGAUGGUUCAAAUAGUGCUUCGCCCGCCGAUAUCAGCCCAAUCAUUAGCCGGAAGCCGAACUCAGUUCCCUCAAAUACCACUAGACGGACUGCGCAUCCUAUUGUUCCUCAGGAAUCUUCACCAGGAGUAGCACGACCGACAUCAACCACCGCACCCGACGACGAUGAGCUUUCGGUGGCCCCAAUUUUACGCCCUGGUUACCGUCGAGACGUCACGCCUCCAAGUCGAGACAACAGUCCGGCGAAGAAGCCCCUCGAAGUCGAGCCACGAGAUCUUGUGCCACCACAUCAUGGCUCACUUGUUGAUGAACACCCUGAGGCACCGGAGCAAACUCGGGGUAGCGCACAGAGUACCAAAGAUAAACCGCUUCCCUCCGAGCCAGUUCCAGAAGCGGUCACCCCCAAAGUUGGCGCUCCUUUAGCAAUACCGCGUUCAGAGUCUCCUCCGAAGGGCACGGUGCGCGAGCUCGCAGAUAAGUUGGAGUCAUCCUCAGGGAGAUCAUCUCCGAGCAAUUCUAGCAUUCAGGUACCGCUGCCCGGUCUCUCUCAGGGGCGCCCACCACCUCCUCAGGCACGAUUCGAUAGCUUUCGCCCAGCGAUCCCUGGUGGUUGGCAGUCCUUCACCUCCUCUGCAGCUCCGGGAACUCCUGAUGCAGGUACUCCUGGUCAACGGGGCAUCUCUCCCCCUAGAGCUGCCUUCGCUCAACCACGAGCAGAAAGUACAGAAAGCAUACCAACGGCGCACGCUCCCGCCGAUACGGCUUCUCAUGAUCCUAGUGUAACCCAGAGGGCUUUCGCCGCGGCUGCUUCUGCUGGAAGUGCUCUUGCUGGCGCCUUAGCGGGCCAUCGACUGAGCGAACGUGAUCAGAGUUCGUCGGCACAGCCUUCCGAGGAGGAAAGCGAGAACGAAUGGGAUGAGUCGAGCUCGUCCACUGACGGAGAUGCAAAUCUUCCUGCACCACAUCAACCGCUAGAUGAGGAGAGGACUGAACAGGAUAUACAACGUCCAUCAGCAGAUCCACCAGCAGCAGGUACAAAUUCAUCACGCGGUAGUCCAGAUCCACCUCAGGAAGUAGCAGCCUCAACUCCCUUAUCUGCUGCGACGUCGAGUGAGGCAGACGUACCUCACUCAACCGUCGACUAUUUCCCAGCGCCGCUGAGGACUAGCCGUUCGAUUGACCCUUCUAGCCUCCGUCCACCCUUACCUACCGCCCCAAUCGCAGAAGAAACACCAGCCGAGAGUGAAAAUGAGCGCUUGCAGCUGGAAAUCGUGAAGAGACUGACACCAAAGUCGUCGACUUUAGACAAUGAAGCGCCGGCAGAAGGCCACCAGCCAAGGGCUGACCCGGAAAUAUCAACCUAUCGAGCAGUUACCACUGUAGGGGCCGGCCCCCAGAGCACCACCCCCGCUCCACAAUCCUCCCCGUCGCACCUGACUGAAAGGCCUCAAGUAAUAACGCCGGCCGAAGCUGGGCUGCCCGACGCCGAUAUCUCAGUGACGGACGCUGAUCCCGGCCCAGAACAAGCGAGGCCCUUGCCUCCCCAAUCGAGGCCUGCACCUCAGCCACAGCCAGCUGUCGGUGCGGAAGGUGAUACGGCUCGUCCGGGGACUAGACAACCACAGCCGCUUGUUGAACAAGAAUCCCCGGCAUCUGGCCAACCUUUCUUGCAAAAGCGCUUCUCUUGGGAGACUGGCAGCUCACCACCGGGCUCUGCAUCGACGCCCAAAGCGACCAGUCCGCCCUCCACUGGGUCACCCGAUACCAUAAGAACUUCAUUCCAACCUGCACCAGGCUCUCCGGAAGUCCCACCACCUAGAGCGGAGUUUAACCAACCUUCGAGUAGGCAAGCUACUUCGCCAAUACAGCAGUCUAUGCAAUCAAUGCCGGCUUCCACGGAUAGUCCUGCACAGCAGCCACCAAGAUUGUUGCAGAACCUACCCAUUGUGCAAUCCCAGCAGACCACCAAUCCCACGCAGCACCCUGGCAUUUCCCCGAUCAAUACACACCAAACCCAGCCCUCACCAACGCUCGGCGAGCCUCCCACUUUCCGCGCAAUUCUGAAUCUUGGUUCACCUGCAGAGCGAAUAAAGGCGUUUGACGAGAGCCGGCAGUUCUAUGCAACUCCAAAUGAGCAGCUCCAGGACUGGCUGAUGUCGAUGAGAACUGCCGAGAAUGCUGACUUGUUCGCCAUGAAUGGUCGGCCUUCCCUUGACACCGCGGACAGCAACGCGUCGCACAAGCCUUCCCCCAGGCGGAUCCUCACUGAGUCGGCGGGCGCCAGGCAUAUGCAAGAGGACGGAAAGAAGCUUAUGGCAGCAGCUGGACGCUUCGGAGGGAAAGCAGGGCACGCAGCUAAAGGACUGUUUGCAAAAGGCAAGGAGAAAAUGCGCAGUACGAGCAUAAGCGAAAAGGUAGCCCGUUGA